CCAGGGUCCAGCAUUAACCGGCAAACAGUCAUCAAAAGUAUCAGCUCGUUAACUGUGCAUUUGUAAUAGCGAAAAGAAAAAAAAAAAACAUCUAUAAAAUAUAAUAAUUGUCUAUUUAAAAUGACCAUGAAAAUAGUAAUUGUUGUGACUUUGCUGGCUGCUUGUACAUACGGUCAACAAGUAUCAUCACAAAAUAGUACAGCAGAGCCAAUAUCACAAAUAUGUUUUGGUUGUAUUUGCGAGGCUGCUUCUGGAUGUGAUACUCAGACUGGUUGUGAUGGUGCUGUUUGUGGUCCAUUUCGUAUCACUUGGGGAUACUGGGCCGAUGCUGAUAAAAUAACAUUGAAUGGUGAAGAUCCAAAAACUGAAGGAGCUUAUUCUCGUUGUUUGAAUGAUGCUUUCUGUGCUUCCAAAGUUGUCGAGAGUUAUAUGAACAAAUUUGGUCAAGAUUGCAACGGAGAUGGUCGUAUAAACUGUGAUGAUUAUGUUAGAAUUCAUCGACUUGGUGGAUAUGGUUGUAGUUCUCCACUUGACUCCAAGUAUGAAAAUACCUACAAGACUUGUAUGAAAACUUUUAGUCAUUAAAAUAAUAAUAACAAAUUUUUCUAAAUUAAAAAAGGAAAAAGAAAAAAAAAAUUUAACUUGUCCAAAUCCACAGGCAUUUGUUAUCAAUAAAGUAUAAUUAAUUUUUCUAUAAAAAUUGUAAUAAGAUAAAAUAUAAAAUUAUUAUAAAUUUAAAAAAAAUAAAAACUUUGUUUAUUGGAAAUAUUAUGUAUCAUAUUUAUUUGCAUUGCAAAAUCAAGGUCAAUUUUGAUAUGACUUUGAUUGCUAAUUUUUUUUUCCUUAAUUUAAAAAUAAUAUAAAUAAAAUAGUUAUCAUUAUUUGUUCUAUAUAUUAUUUUAAAUAUAAAUUUUAAAUAAUUUAUUUAUAAUAAAUGGGUAAAAUGUUUUAUAGCUCGAUACAUUGGUCCAAAAUUUAAAUUUGGUCCAAAUUUAAAUUUAAAAAUAAUAUUUCAUCUUUUUAAAAACCAAGAUAAAUUUUGUUAAUUCCCUAUACCAUAAUUCAAAAUGUUUUAUAAUUUAUUUGUUUUAAUUACAUAGCGUAUUAUUUAGCAUGAUAACACUGAAGCCUAACACUAUAUAAACGCAAAAAUAUUCACAGUAUAAUAAUGUUUUAUUUUAUUUGUAAAAUAUUAAUUACGAAAAAUGUGGUUAAUACAUUAUUCACUAAUUGUCUUUACAAUUAUUUUUUCUACUCAUGUUGAUUUUGGUAAAUAUAUUUUUUAUUAUUUAAGGAAAAGUUGAAAAAAAAAAUUAAUUAAUAUUUCUUAUUUUUUUAACUCAAGCUGAAUCAAAUGAUUACUAUAUAAACGGUAUAGCAGCGUUAAGCGGACCACCACUUGCAACAAUUGUAAGAAAUAAAACUAUUGAAAAAUUUUGUUUAAACUGCAUUUGUAUGAAUGAUAAAAAAUUUCACGAAAUAACUAAUUGCAAUUAUGAUAAUCCUUGUGGACCAUUUGAUAUACCAUGGGAAUAUUGGGCAGAUGUAGGAAAUUUUACUAUUGAAAAUACAAAUAAUAAUAUUAAAAA